AUGCUUCGUCUGUCCCUGCUUCUGCUCAGUGGUGGCCAGAGGGUUUGGGCCACAGUGGCGACGAUUCAAGAAAACGUUCGAUCCAGCCGCAUUCUAUCGAAGAUGGAACACUCAACGGAAUAUUGGAAGGCGUUGAUUGAAUACGAUGACUAUUUCCUGAGGCGUAAAAUCUGGAGAAUGAGCCGGAUGAUGGCAAACGUUCGGGGAGAUCUGACUGUGGACGAAGCUAUGCGUCCAAUAACUGAGGUGUUGACCGGCGCGACGAUGGGCGAAUGGGCCGAGCUGAUGGAGAAUGGAUUGUUGUCUAUUGCUUGCCAAGUUGUUGGCCUCUGUGCAGUCGGCUUGGUGGGGCUGCAUCGCCUUCUUACUCUCAUUAAUAACGGUUUUCAACUCGCCGGGGCAUUUCCGCAGAAGCUCGGGCCUCGAUUCCAAGGUGUUCUGAUAGAGUGGUGGCCACUAAUGGUCAAAAAUCUCUGGGAUGCUCGCGAUUGUAUCCUACUCCAUCCAGGGGCUGUCUUAGAACGAGAUGCAUUCGCCAAACUUGUCAGCAACUUCCGGAAGUCCUUCGUGACACGUCCGUUGCAUGCAUGGCUGUUGUCUGACAGCCUUGCUGCUUCAGACGGCCUCUCGGUUGCCCUCUUGACAAGCUGUCUCAUGCACUCGUACGCAGAAGAUUUCGACGUAUGCGCGACAGCCUUCUCGGUAGUAAUGACUUCACGUCGCGACCACUCGGUACAGAUUACCAGCAUCGCGUCUUGCCUCUCUGAUCUUAUUCUACGGGUCUUGAGUGCUUGUUCUGCGGAUAAGGACUUCAUUCUGGCAUUACUCAACCACAGGCCGCUGUUUAAAUAUCUAACGUCCCUCCUCAAGGACCCUCAGCUCCUUAGUAUGGGCUCGGACCGGCCGUUCGGACCCUCGCCAGUUGGCGCUGUUCUCAAGGUUAUAUACGAGUGCACAGCCAGUGUCUGGACUGGUUUUCGCCAAGACAUUGUUCCCUACCUAAUAGCAUUAAAUAGCGCCGAUAUCUUCGGCGCAUUGGAGAUCGUAUUCCUCCAGUAUGGGAACCUGCGACACGACGAGGCUUAUACGGCAGUAGGCAUUUUGGAAGAUCUUGCCUGCGUUAUCAAAAACGAACACCGCCUGUUGCCGUUUAUACGACGCCAGUUUCCGCGUCCGCGGUUGUUGAGAGUACUUCUCGAUAUCAGUUAUGGGGAAAAACAGGAUCUUGUUCCCAGAGAGAGUGGCAAUCCAUCCUUCGUGUCAACACUUCGGUGGGCGUGGGCUCUUGUGGACGGACUAAGCGGAAUUGCAGGAAUCGGGCCACUCGGGAGUGCAAAGCCUGCAGAACCGUUUGAUACUGUGAUCGCGCCUGUCAGAAAAGUCUCUCCCGGUUUGGAUCUUCUAGACUUCUUCAAACCACCUACUGGCCUUUUAUCCUGCAAGUCACAAACAUAUCGCAGCGCUCCUGCCCGCGCUGCUGGUUCUCAUAUAUUGGCGACACAGAGACGAGACAUGGAGAACUGA